AUGGGGCUGGCAGUUAGUACCCUGAGGGUUCAGAUAUCAGCACUCAGCGUUUUCUUUCAGGUGUCACUAGCUAGGGAUCAGCUUGUGGCUAGGUUCUUUAAAGCCCUGGAAAGGCUUAGACCAGUGGUGGUCCGUUCGGUUCCCCAAUGGAAUUUGUCUACGGUGUUGCAGGUUCUCACAGCCGCUCCUUUUGAGCCCCUGGAUGAGGUCUCACUUAGAAACCUUACCUUAAAAACUGUGUUUUUGGUAGCUAUUACUUCUGCUCGUAGGGUGAGUGAGCUCCAAGCCCUAUCCAUUAAGGAACCGUUCCUGUCUAUUUUUGAGGAUCGGGUUGUCCUUCGAACAGACCCGGCUUUUCUGCCAAAGGUCGCUUCGAGGUGCAACAGGGUGCAGGAGAUCAUUCUACCUACAUUCUGUCCCAAACCAGUAGGUAGCAGGGAAUCAGGUUUUCACUGUUUAGAUGUGAGACGUUGUUUGCUCCAGUACUUGAAGAUUUCCAAGGAAUUUCGGAGAUCUGAAUCACUGUUUGUGCUGUUCUCUGGUAGGUCCAAGGGGAAGCAAGCUUCUAGAUCCUCCUUAGCUAGGUGGUUGAGGCAGGCCAUUAUGGAAGCUUAUGGAGUGUUAAAUGUUCCACCCCCGUCUUUGGUGACAGCACAUUCAACUAGAGCUUUAGCAACGUCCUGGGCCGAACGAGCUGGUGCUACGCCGGAACAGAUUUGUAAGGCGGCAACAUGGUCAAGUUUCUCCACCUUCGCAAAGCAUUAUCGCCUAGAUCUCAAUACCGCAGGGGAUCAGGCAUUUGGCAGGAAGAAUUUGCCUCCUCCAAUAUUUGCCUUUUUUUUCUUUCUUGCAGCCAACACCGACUUGACAGUUAAUGGAAUAACAAUGUCCAGAUCAACCGAAACGUCCCUGCCCUCCAUUGACGAUUUUCACCGGGCGUUUGAAGUGGUUUUUGUGGAUCCGCUGGGAGUGGUGAAUCUGUGUGGCGACAUGACAGCUGUAAAGUAUAGACAGAUUCAGUUUGAAGCAAAGGAGUCUUUGAAGUACCUGGAUGACACGGCGACCAACGGCUUCCUCCAGCUCCUCAUGGUCCGCAAACCUUUCGUUAGGACGUUCGAUCAUGUCUUUCAUAUCACACAAGUGACUACGCUACAGGGCACAUGUAAUAAGAUGAAUCUUCAUAACGAGCUGAUAGACCGCGGGGGAGACUACGUAUCGACUUCGCUGCCCUUCAUACUGCCUGUGCUGAAGAGGGGCCUGGACCAGAGGCUUGUUUUGAUGUCGCACACCCUGCCACAGAGGCCGGAGUGGGAGAUCACAGAGGAGCCUGCUAAGCACAUGGACAUUGGCACACUGUCGAUAGGCCUUUUGCUGACCCCGGAGUUUUACACCAACAUCUUGGAGAAAGGACCAGCUGCAGACAGUCCAGAGGCCGUAGAGUUCAGGAAGUUCUGGGGAACAAAAUCGGAGCUCCGGAGAUUCCAGGAUGCGUCAAUCUGCGAGGCGGUGGUGUGGCCGUCGGACAACGUGCAGGAAAAGCGCAGGAUUCCGGAACUUAUCGUUAAACAUCUUCUACAGCUACACGCUGAUCUGCCAGAGUCUGCUAUCAGCUACACGGGUAAUUUUCUGGACUGCACCCUCAUCAGGAAGAAAAAGCCUGGUACAGGAGAGGAGCAGAUGGCUAGUGUCAUCCAGUCCUAUGACGACCUCAGCAGGAAGCUAUGGAAUCUGGAGGAUUUACCACUUACUGUCACCUCUGUGCAGGGUACCCACCCAUCACUCCGCUACACAGAUGUCUUUCCUCCUCUUGUUGUAAAACCAGAAUGGUCUUUUUUUAAGACUGUGUCUGAAAAUAAGUCUUUGGUCCCCUUGGUGGAUAAGCCCAGUCCAGCCUACGUUUCCCCUAUAAAGGUGAUUUGUCACAUGGAAGGAAGUGGGAAAUGGCCGCAAGAUAAGGACGCCAUUAAGCGAGUGAAGGCCGCUUUCCAGAUUCGGCUGGGGGAGCUGCUGAAGGAGCAGCAUGAUCUGCUGUGCAGACCUACUUCCACUUUUACAGAUGUGUACAAGGAUGGCUAUGUGUUCCGUCUGCAAGUUGCGUAUCACAGAGAGCCGCAGUUCAUAAAGGAGUUGGUCACGCCGGAUGGGAUGCUGAAGUACCGCGAUACUGAGGAGUCCCUGCAACUGGAACUGGAGACAAUUCAUCUGACUCAACUGACCAGCACGCUGCACGGGCUCCACCAGCAACUUCCUGCGUUCGGUGGCACUUCGCGCCUCGCCAAGCGUUGGAUCAGCGCCCAGCUGCUGUCGGACAGCAUGUCGGAGGAGUGUGUGGACCUUCUUGUGGCUUAUCUCUUCCUGCAUCCAGCUCCGUUCACUGCACCGAGCUCCCCCCAGGUGGGUUUCCUGCGUUUCCUCAACCUCUUGGCGACAUUUGAUUGGAAGAACAGUGCGCUGAUUGUGAAUCUGAAUGGUGACCUGACAGAUGAUGAAAUAAAGGAGAUUCAGGGUGGGUUUUCGUCAGCUCGUGCCCAGCUGCCGGUUAUGUUCAUCGCGACACCGAAGGACAAGAAAGCAUCCGUGUGGACCAAGAAACAACCGAGUGCUCAGAUGCUGCAGCGUCUCAUAGUCCUGGCUGUGGAGUCCCUGCGCACGCUGGAGGAGCACCUGACCAAACCGUCUGAGAAAACCGAUGUUAAGGUGAUCUUCCGGCCUCCACUGGACCUUUAUGAUGUCAUGAUCCACUUAAAUCCCAAGCACAUUCCGCGGCAUCGAGAGGCGGUGGAUCAGACUGCCAAGUCCUUUCAUCGCGGGCUUCUGGGGGAGGACGCCCAGGUCAAGGCCCUGCGGUUCCCUGUGGUGGAUUAUGAUCCAACUCAGUUAUACCUUAAGUCACUUAGGGACUCGUAUGGGGAUUUCGCUCUGUUCUUCUACGAUCAACACGGUGGUGAUGUCAUUGGCGUUCUUUGGAAUCCCUCCAGCUUCGCACCACAGUCUUUUAAGACCACCAAUAUUAACGGGCGGAUGGUGGACAGUAAAAGCUCGUUGCUGGUUCCCAACGUGGAGGCCAUUCUGGAGGACUUUAGGAUCCUGGGUGAAGGUUUGGUGCACCACAUAGAGGCUCGCACAGAGAGAUGGAACAUCGGAUAAAGACGUUUAUAUUCCACAAAUGAGGGCCACCUGAUGCUUUGCAACAUCCACAGCAAGUGCA